CCCUUCCACCUGGUCGCUUACCUUCAGGAGGAAAUCCACAAGGAUUCGGCGCCCAAGAUCCACGGGCGCUUCUGGAAAAGGGCCAAGCCUCACAGGAACGGCAAAUGGGCCGUUACCGAGGAGGAGUACCCGGAGGAGAUCUUCCCACCGUUUGUUUUGGGUCCUGCGUACAUCCUGGGCCGCAACGCUGUUGACCGCCUGCUGGCCUACAUUUCUCACACUCCCUUCCUCUGGCUGGAGGACGUCUACAUCACAGGACUUGUCGCUCAUGCCGCAGGAAUAAAACACGUCCAAGUAGACAAAGUCCUCUAUACGAAGAAACUCACGAAGAAGCUGUACUCGGGCCAACAAGUUUUUUAUAUAGACGCCAGUGAGAAGAACAAAGCUGUCUCUUGGGCGAAGAUUCUCAAGUACGCCCAUGUACAAAAGCGCAGCAAGGCAAAGAAAUGAUGGCUGUCAUUGCAAUAUAUGAUUUUACACUGCUGUAAGAUUUGACACAAAUUCAGCCAGGAGGCAUCGACUUUCCAUGUGUGAUGGCCACUAUGUGACAAGCAGUAUCAGACAGCUCUAGUUAAUAUACGAGUCACACUGCAGGAAAAAAAAACUAAGGAAAACACUGCCAGUUAUGUAAGUGUCCCAGACACAUGAAGGACGCCCCUUAGUGCUUCAGAUGUACGAAGGACGCCUUCUGGUUCGCCAAACAUGUGAAGGACGCUCUCUGGUGCUUCAAACAUAUAAAAGACACCCUCUGGUGCUCCAAACAUAUGAAGGAUACCUUCUGGUGCUCUAAAUAUAUGAAGGACGUCUUCCGAUGUUCCAAACAUAUGAUGGACACCCUUUCGUGCUCCAAAUAUAUGAAGAACGCUCCCUGAUGCCCUAAACAUGUGAAGAAAGCAGCUGUUGCCUCAAACAUUUGUCUUCUGGAGUCUCAGGCUCACGUGCCCUGGAAUGUUCUUGAAAAUUGUUCAAGGUUUACGACUGUUGAAUUAUCGAAGUUUUAGUAGAGUUUAAAUAUAAAAAUGCUUACCAAGA